GUAUGCGUCCGCUCCACUAUGCAGCGUGGCAGGGUAAAGCUGACUCUGUGUUGCUGCUACUAAGAGCUGGAGCAUCAGUUAACACACCGUCACAGGACGGACAGAUACCUCUACACCUGUCUGCACAGUAUGGACACUACCAGGUGUCUGAGAUGUUACUCCAGCACCAGUCUAAUCCAUGUCUGUUGAACAAAGCCAACAAGACCCCUCUGGACCUGGCUUGCGAGUUUGGCAGACUCAAGGUGGCUCAGUUGUUAUUGAGCAGUAACAUGGUGGUAGCUCUGUUGGAGGGGGAGGAGCUAGACAGUCUAGACUCUGCCUCCUCCAACACACCCCUUCACCUGGCCGCUCGCAAUGGACACAAAGACAUCAUCAGGUUGCUACUGAAGGCUGGUAUAGACAUCAACAGAGCCACUAAGGCUGGGACCUCUCUGCACGAGGCUGCCCUCUAUGGCAAGACAGAAGUAGUGCACCUGCUGCUGGACGCUGGUAUUGAUGUAAACCUAUGUAACACGUACAACCAGACAGCUCUGGACAACGUUAACCAGUUCACCACCUCAUCAGCCAGCAAGGACAUCAAGAUACUAUUACGAGAAGCGUUAGGGUCUCUCCAGGUGAGAGCGGUGAAGGACUACUGGAACCUUCAUGACCCUACAGCCCUCAACCUCCGAGCAGGAGACCUCAUUAUGGUGUUGGAGCAGCACAUGGACGGGAGGUGGAAAGGUUAUAUCCAUGACAACCAGAGAGGAACGGACCGGGUUGGAUACUUCCCUCCGUCUGUAGUGGAGGUCAUCAGCAGGAGAGCAGGGGGUACUCUCUCACGUCAGGUCUCGUUGCCAAGCCAACGGCAGCAGCACUUCCUGUCCAGAGCUCCUCCCACCAGUAUUGGCUCCACCCCCCAGACUGAUGACUCCUACACCUUGUACUACGACCACGCAGCAGGAGACAGGAACAGUGUUGGCAGUGCAGGCAGCAGUGCAGGUAGUGUGGGCAGCAGUCGUAGUGCUGGCAGCGGGCAGAGCUCCGAGAACAGCUUUGGACAGAACGGGUCACACACUCGCCAAACCGCAGCCACAUUGGGUUCCUACAUGGCCAAGCUGGCUCCCUCUGCUGGUGAAUCAGAACAGCAGUUUCGCUCAGUAGGACCAGUCCACAACAAACAACCUGAUGGAUCUACAGGUGGUCCGCGUCAUCAGGUCAGCGGUGGUACUCGGUCAGGGGAGCAGGGUGGCUUCAUGCGUCCAGAUCAGCUCCUGGAGGGCAGGGACUCUGAGGCCAUCUACCAAUGGCUGUGUGAGUUCCAGCUGGAGAGCUACACUGCUAACUUCCUUACAACAGGAUACGAUGUGCCUACUAUCAGUAGGAUGACCCCAGAGGACCUGACAGCUAUCGGUGUGACCAAGCCAGGCCACCGUAAGAAAAUCUCCAUGGAGAUAGGUAACCUAAACAUCCCAGAAUGGCUACCUGACUACAUCCCUUCUGAGCUGUCAGAGUGGUUGAGUGCAAUUGGUCUCCCUCACUACCAGAAAAGACUAUGUGAGAACGGUUAUGACACCAUCAGCAUCGUCAAGGAUAUCACAUGGGAAGACUUAUCAGAGAUAGGAAUCACUAAACUGGGUCAUCAGAAGAAGCUGAUGUUAGCCGUGAAGCGUUUAUGCGACCUGCAUCGUUCUCGUCACCAUGCCAAUGGCUCCGGCACGCUACGGUGUAGUAAACCCCUCGCGGCUCUGGAGCUGGUGGCUAUCGAGCCCCCCGAGCCCCCUGCCGACUGCUGCCCCCCAUCCCCCCACACUCCCAGGACACCCCUCCUUUCCUUUCAGGACAGCGAGCUGAGCACAGAGCUUCAAAACGCCAUGAUGGGCAGGGCAGGAGGAGGAGGGGUGGGGAUAGGGGGGUUUGGGAUGGGUGUGAGAGGUGUGGUGAGGGGUGUGGUGUCGCCGAUGUCACUCAGCCAGGAGAGCAUUGGAACGCGCUCCCGCGGAUCUGGGAAUUCUGGGAAUUUUUCGGGAUAUUCCCAAGAGCAUCACCAACAGACUCUGGCAUCGGCUGGAGCGUACAGUCGCUCGGACGAGAGCCUGGGGGGAGUGGGAGGAAGAUGGGCGAGACAGGAGGGAGGAGGGAGUCCAGAGAGAGACAGGCAGAGACCCACAGAGUUGUGGUCAGACCAGCUGCGCCAGCCCCCCAUCACCCCUCCUCUCACCCCCAGCAAGAUGCCCCGCUUCGCCUACCCAGCCGGGCCCAGUAAACCCAAACCCUGCCAGUCCCCUGCCCACGCCCACCGCCCCUCCUUCUCUCCCCAGGCCUCCCCCACACAGAGGACCUUCAGUUACCUCCACACCCAGGGAGGAGGUACCGAUCUGGGCCAGCGUGGUCUACCCAAGCCCCAUGCUGGAGCUGUCCCCCUCCCAGGACUAGAGGCCCUUAAGGGCCCUAAGAAACGCACCCAGAGUCUGACCCACUAUUCCCUGUCAGAUGGAGAACCGGAAGACGACGAGUUAUCGGCGCAGGAAUCCGUUCCCCCGGUGACCAUGCCCUCGUAUGCCACACUAGGGCGCAAACCAGGCCGCGGUCAAUCCUCCGCAGUCCAACGCCACAUCAGCCGGAGCCACACAUUCGCUGUGCGCUCUCGCCGCAAAGGCCCGCCCCCACCGCCACCUAGGAGGUUGAGCUCGGUGAGUGGCAGCCAGGCCAACGAAUCAGGAGGAGCGGCAGUAGUGUCAGUGGAGGUGGAGGUGCCAGGGGUGGAGACUGAGAGUGCAGGCAGUGUGAGGAGCAUCGCAGCCAGGCUACAGGGGUCCGGGCCCAGGGGCAGUCCCUCUAAGGGGGUAGAGUUACCCUCCCCACGCACCCCCACCCUCGCCUCCCACAAACCUGUACCCGCUCUGGGGCUGGAAGGCCUGAGGAGGAUGGGGAGCGAGCGGAGGGAUAGAGAUGGAGGGAUAGAGAGAAUCCAAGAAGAGGAGGGGGAGAGAGGGAGGAAGAGUGGUUCAGUAUUGGAAAGCUCUACGUCGCUUCAGAGGAGCUCCAGUGAGAAUCUCCCCUUCGCAGAGGAGGGCAACCUCACCAUCAAACAGCGGCCCAGGUUGGGAGCAGGUUGCCAGGCAGAGCCUGAAAUCCAACCCCAGGCUUCUCUAGAAGACCCAAAGAUGCAGCCCCCAAAGUCCCUGGAGGUCCCAGAGUUCAACCUCAAAGAGUCGGACACGGUCAAACGGCGGCGUCAGCCCAAAGACCGGGACACACACACACUGGACGAGAUCUUCACCCCCAGCGAAGAUGACGCACACACACAGCCCCACACACACAGCCGGUCCAACGGCUUCCACACACACACAAACAGAGACAUAAAGAGUGAGGAGGAAGCAGGUGUGGGGUCAGAGCGCAGUUUACAGAGAGUAGGAUCGACAGGGAAAGGCCAGAAACCACCUCUGUCCUCCAAACCAACUAGCCCUCCACUCAAACCAGCUGGUCAACAGAUACACACAACUACAUCUAAACCAGGCGGUCAACAGAUACACACAACUACAUCUAAACCAGGCAGUCAACAGAUACACACAACUACAUCUAAACCAGGCAGUCAACAGAUACACACAACUACAUCUAAACCAGGCAGUCAACAGAUACACACAACUACAUCUAAACCAGGCAGUCAACAGAAGACAGCAACAACGUCCAAAUUAACCACUCCUAUACCAGCCAAUCAACAAAUACACACAACUUCAUCAAGACCAGCCAGUCAACAGACACGGGCAACUAUCCAUAUACCAGCCAGCCCACAAAAUACACACACAACCAACUCUAUACCAAUCAAUCCACAGAAACUAGUAACAGCAACCAAACCAGCCAGUCCACAGAAAACAAUAACAUCCAAGCCAGUAAAUCACCAGACGCCUGCUACUGUCUCUAGACUUCCCCAGCGCAGCACAUCCAUAACAUCAGCCCCUACAGCCCGUUCCCCUGGUGUGACUCUCAAUGUGGUCCAGAGUGUGGUUUUCACUUCCCCAGCCCAGGCAGCCCCCGUUUCAUCCUACCACACCUCAGGGCCUCCAGGCCAGGCAGGGCGAGCAGUAAAGGCCCAGGCUGGUAAGGCCUGCUCGGAGGUACUGGUUCAGAGGAGGCUGGAUGAGACCAGCACGUCACUCGAGGAAGCGUUGAAAGAUGUAGAGAGGAAACUGGCUCAGGACGACACUAACGGUGGCAGCGGCACAGUGAAAGCAGCAGGGAAUAUUCUGGAUGAAAUCGGCAACAUGUUUGGUGACCUCGCUGACCAGCUGGAUGCCAUGUUGGAUUAAAUCCUCUUCAUUUCACUCAAGGCAAACUGAAUAGGAUCAGCUGGGUUCAAUGGAUUGGGUUGGGUUGCCUAGAUACCUAGGCUUUGACCCAAAUGGCACCCUAUUCACUAUAUAGUGCACUACUUUGGACCAGAGCCCUAUGUGCCCUGGUCAAAAGUAUUGCACUAUAUAGGGAAUUAGCGAGCCAUGCAGAACGGUGCCCUAAACUUGCUUAGACUGAUCUGCAUGUUUCCAACAUCCACUCUCAUAGGGUGGAUGACAUAAAGUACGAGGGAGGUGAAGAGAGAGGGGAAAGGAAGGGUGAGGGAAUGUGAAAAGGUGAGAGAAGGGAGAUGGGAGCCGUAGGGUUGAGGAGAGCAGGGAGGCACAAUGUGGAGAGCAGAUAUCUUACACAAACACUUUGUCAUCAGAAUCUUUUACGCAAGCGCUUGCUGAGGGAUACAUCUUACUGAGGGAUACAUCUUACUGAGGGAUACACCUUACUGAGGGAUACACCUUACUGAAGGAAACACCUUACUGAGGGAUACACCUUACUGAGGGAUACAUCUUACUGAGGGAAACAUCUUACUGAGGGAUACACCUUACUGAGGGAUACACCUUACUGAGGGAUACAUCUUACUGAGGGAUACACCUUACUGAGGGAUACAACUUACUGAGGGAUACACCUUACUGAGGGAUACACCUUACUGAGGGAUACAUCUUACUGAGGGAUACAUCUUACUGAGGGAUACACCUUACUGAGGGAUACACCUUACUGAGGGAUACACCUUACUGAGGGAUACACCUUACUGAGGGAUACACCUUACUGAGGGAUACACCUUACUGAGGGAUACACCUUACUGAGGGAUACACCUUACUGAGGGAUACACCUUACUGAGGGAUACACCUUACUGAGGGAUACACCUUACUGAGGGAUACACCUUACUGAGGGAUACACCUUACUGAGGGAAACACCUUACUGAGGGAUACACCUUACUGAGGGAUACACCUUACUGAGGGAAACACCUUACUGAGGGAUACAACUUACUGAGGGAUACACCUUACUGAGGGAUACACCUUACUGAGGGAUACACCUUACUGAGGGAAACACCUUACUGAGGGAUACAACUUACUGAGGGAUACACCUUACUGAGGGAAACACCUUACUGAGGGAUACAUCUUACUGAGGGAUACACCUUACUGAGGGAUACACCUUACUGAGGGAUACACCUUACUGAGGGAUACACCUUACUGAGGGAAACACCUUACUGAGGGAUACACCUUACUGAGGGAAACACCUUACUGAGGGAUACAGCUUACUGAGGGAUACACCUUACUGAGGGAUACACCUUACUGAGGGAUACACCUUACUGAGGCAAACACCUUACUGAGGGAUACAUCUUACUGAGGGAUACACCUUACUGAGGAAUACACCUUACUGAGGGAAACACCUUACUGAGGGAUACACCUUACUGAGGGAUACAACUUACUGAGGGAUACACCUUACUGAGGGAAACACCUUACUGAGGGAUACACCUUACUGAGGGAUACACAUGUGGGUUGUGUUGUUGGAAUAGCAUCAGUGAGAGGCACAAACACCAGGACUUAUCUAAACUGAAGCACAUAACCCUGGACCAAUGGUUUUGCUAGGCAGACAGCACAAUAACACAGAAAAGUGUACUGUGAUUUAUGACAUCGAGCACUGGUUUAUGACAGAGCAUGCGUUGCUUUGCUACAGCUUUGCGCUGAGCCAACUAGAUUUUACCAACGGGAAUAAGGGGCCAUUUUUAACAUGUAUGUAUUGUAAGUUGUAUUGUAUUCUCGUCUUAAACUUUACCCAAUGUUACGUUAAAAAGUGUCAAUAUUUUUAGCGUGAGAUAAAUCUUUAACGUUCCUGAAAACUGAGAAUUUAGUUUACUUUGCAUUUGUUUUAACAAAGGGAGCACCUAUUUACUUCAAUGUUAAGUGUAACUAUGGCAUUUCAAAAGUACUUUAAUUUGUUUCAUCUUAUGUUAUUUAACAUGUAAUAUACUAUAGUUUGAUUGAUUAUUGUUUGAGUUGGGUAAGUAUCUAUAAGAUGACAUAUCUGAAUUAAAUUCCAUGCACAUUUUUUCUUUU